GUAAACAACAGCAACAAAAAAAUAGAAAAAACAUAUUUGAGUUCAUUUCUACUUCGCAAUGCUGCAUCGCUUUUCUGUUGGUCUUUGACACACAUUCCCAAGCAAAUACAGUGAAGCGUAAGAUUGUAAUGUGACAAAAUCGUCAAAGGCUGUGAACACUUGCACGGCGAUGCUUCCCCUCGUUCUGUCAAACCCGAACGCCUGACUGAUUUUAUGAAGUCAUAUUUCACAGAUGAGACAAUAGUGACAUGACUGCUUUUCAAUUAGCAGCCAUCUUUUAUCCCCCCCAGUUGCCUCAGCUGUGAAUACACUCCAGAGUUUUUAAUGAAUGUGAACAGCGAGGACUCCCAGGUGACCCUCUGGUGCCGCAGAGUGAUAAUGAAAAGGGCGGGUACCUUGGAGAAACUCGCCCAGGCCACAGCUUCACCCAUUAUUCAUUCAUCAGAGAUGGUGCGCGACUGGAAAAGCAUACUUAAUGUUUGCACAGCCAGCCGAGCAUGUUGACUUUCUGAACCCGGAGAUGAGAGGGGCACCCGCACCUGCAGGGGUCUCUGGGAACAUCACCGUUCGGGAGGCGUACAUCGACUUUGCCCUCGUGAUGGCACACAGCUUUGUUCUGGUAAUCACCUCCACCGUGGGAACAGCGGCGAACGUUUUUGUCAUCCUGGCAGUGUGUCACCAAAAGUCGCUUCAAACAUCCGUCAACGCGCUGGUGGUGAAUCUGGCCGUCGUGGACUUCUUGCGCUGCACGAUCGACUGCCCCGUUCUGCUACACGUUAUCGUGACCCUGCACCGCGGCGGGCACGUGGACCACCGGGUCUGUGACACGCAGACUGUCUGCUUCUCCUUCAGCUGCUGCAUCCAGCUGUCGACCCUGGGGUGCAUAAGCGCAGAGAGGUACCAGGCGAUAGCCAAUCCCUUUAAAACAAGCCAACGGAAAAGGCGGAUCAUGAUGCUGAUUCCUCUUACGUGGAUCCUGGGAAUUGCAGUGGCUGCUGUUUGUCAGAUGUUCCUGAAAGACUCAGCGGUGUACGUAAGAUGCCAAGAAGGCCAAAGAGGAAGGGUCAUCUCGCAUGACACCAUUGGUCUCUAUGUGCUGCUCCCUCUGUGGGUAUCUUGUUUCGGGGUAAUCACUGGCUUCUACACCCGCAUAUUUGCUCUCCUGAGGUCACACAAUCGCAAAAUAUUCGAUGAAGGCACUUCUGUUCCUACGAAGGAAUUUAAGGAAGAUAAGCAAACCCUUGCAGUGGAAAAUGGGCAAAACAAGUGUGAGAGCGAGCAAACCCUGAGCAUAAGUGUGGCUCAACAAAGUCCCCUGGUGACCUUAGAGGGAGCCCCACAACAGGUCUCCAUCAGUUCUCAAAAUACAGUACAGAUGAGUCAUUUAGAGAUGGUAGAACCCCGCCCUCUUGCAGCACAGGACGCACUGCAGACUGUGGAGAAAACGUUAAAAACGGAGCAAUGCAGUGCUCAGAAAACAGAAGCAAAAGCCUCAAAUCAAGAUGCCGAAAUGCAGAAAAAAUCAAGCAGUCUGAAUUCACAGAGUCAGUCCAGAGGAAGCCUGAAACCUGACAGUCCAGUCACAGAGAACAGCCUCCCUAAUGCAUCAUCGACACAAUCGGAGCAUCCUGAAUCUACCUCUGUUUUAUUGACUGAUCUGAAACCAGAGGACAAAAGCACCAGAGGAGAAACACAGGCAGCGCCUACGCUAGAUCAAGAGUCCACGCUGCCUUCUGUCCAAAGUAAUGAAGCCGUAAAACAACUCGCACAAUUGGAGGGUGCUGUCUGCGUCAUGCCUUCGAAGGCCAGCAAGGAGAGAGCGAGAAAAAGGAAAGAGAGUAAAAUGGCCAAACGGGCCGGCUACAUCAUCAUAACCUUCCUCUUAUUCUGGCUGCCUCUGAUCACAACCAUCCUGGUGAAUUUUCUCGUCCACAAAGACAGGGAUACCCAGGUGAGUAUCUGCGGCAGGUUUUAGUGCAUGAACGGAAGACAUUAACACGCAAGUUUGAGCGUGAGAGGCGCGUUUUGGUUCAUUCUGUUGGUGCAUCAAAAUGAAUGUAUGUACGCGUGAAACCCAGCUGAGCUCUAAGAUGUUGUUACCUGUGUGCUUUUUUUUCAGAUGCCAGUCAUUCAAGAGAUAGAGAUCCUUACGGUGUCUGUCUCCUGCAUCACAUCACUGAGCGACCCGAUAAUAUACGCUGUAGUGAACCCGCAAUUUCGCUCAGAGUUUUAUAAGCUGAAAAGCUGGGUUAAAUCCAGAUUUGACAAGAAAUGAGAACAUCUCCUCUGACAUUUACACACUGACAGUACUGGAUGGAGACAUUUGGGUUUAUAUUGCCUUGUGAACUUUUUCACAUUUUGUAACAAUACAGCCACAAACUUCAAAGUGUUUCAUAGGGACUUUUAAAUGAUCGAUUAGAUAAUGAAGUGAUAGAAUUUGGAUAUGAAUAUGAUAUUGAGAUAAAAGUACAGUGGAUUCUGUUUACCGUCAUGGAUGCAUAUUCAGGCCGUAUUAGACUUUAUUUAGGGGCUGAAUAAAAACGCACAUCGGCACUUUCUACAUUUCGAGAAUUAUUUUUCUACAAAUACACAUCACUUUGUGUUUGUGUGUCACGUAAAAUAUAAGUAUGAUACAUUGAAGCUUGUAAUUGUAAGUACAGAUAUACCCAUACCCAUCAGCCUGUGAUCAGAAUUACUAUUACCAGCUAAUACUGGUUUUAUCUGUGACUGGUAAGGCUAAUUUGAUUGUAUAGCACAUUUCAGUACAAGGACAAUGCAAAAGUGCUUUACAUGAUUAAAACUUUG